GAUCGGCCUCUCGUGUUGCUGGUUGCUUCGCAUUGGCAUUCAAAUCUCCCGUGUCCCAGCUUUUCUCAACACGCUCUCUUUUCCCCCUCUACUCUUCUCUUCAACCUCAACCUCUUUUCUUUUCCAUUGUCGCCCUUGCCUCCGUCGGCGGUUAUUGCGUGUGAUUAGGCGGAGUCUCACCGGGAAAGGAACGACGUGUCAAGGACAAGCAUCGCAUCGCGUCGUUGCCGAAGGAGCAAUAACAAAACAACAAAAAUGCACGCAUCAAAGAUCAUCGCCUCAAUUGGCCUUGUGGCUUCUGCCCAUGCCACAGUCAUCCGCUAUGAGCGCGAUCUCGAAGCCAAUGCUCCUGCUCUCGAGAAGCGAGCCGAACCGACUGCCGCUUGGGUUACUGUCGAUGAUGAGAUGCAGCCUGCCACGACAUACACUCCCUCGUAUACCACCGUCGAUGGCACCACUUCUCUGAUUGAUGCUCCUCCUCACGAUCUUACCGCCAGCGUCUACACCUACACCAGCUGGGGUAAGAUUCACACCAGCACUGGCGAGCCUCCCAACCCCCAGGCCACCGGCAAGCACGGCGAGGGUGUCUUUGCGCGAUGCUACAACAAGGAUGGCGAUAAUGCUCCUUUCUGCUCGCCUUACGCCAACAGCACCCUUGAUGUUAAGAACACAUACUUUGUCACCUGGGAUCCCGAUUACUUCAACAAGACCAAGUCCUCUGAUAACUCUACUCUCCUGGUCACUGCUCGCCUCGACCUCUACAACCGUACUAGUGAAUCAUGGGUGAAGUACAAGGAAUUCACUGAUUCGGCCGUCCCCGCCUCUUGGGGCUACUGGCCUUUCGAUGUCAAGCAGGAAUACAUGAAGUACUCGCCCUACAACAUCUCCAUCACCCUCUACAGCAACAGCAAUAACUCCCUCGAGAAGACCAAGUCCUCGUCUCUUUACCUUAACCUUAAUGACCAAAACUUCCCUGAGAAGUCCCACGAGAAGUUGCCCGAGGGCCAGACCUUGACCAUCGCUCUGCCUGUCGUCUUUGGCUCUCUCUUUCUCCUUGUCGUCGGUGGCUUCCUCUGGAACCGCAAGACCCGCCGUAUCGGACUCGGCAAUAUCUCGAGCCGGUCUCGUCACGGUUACACUGGCCGUGCCAAGCGCCGUAUCUUUGGUGCCAGAGAUAAUGGCAUCCAGCUCGAUACUUCAGUUCCUCCUCCUGGUGAAUACCGUGACGCUCCUCAGCGUGCUCGUGCCGACAGCGACGGUCUUGGCAGCCUGGCCGACAGCCCUGUCGAUGCUACAUUCCCUCAGCACGGCACCACAGGUGGUCGCAAUGCUUUCCGUGACGAAUUGCGAAGACAGGAGGAAGAGAGACGUAUGUAAAAGAGGUGGGAUUUUGUAAUCUUGGACGUCAUGUCAUUGCCUGUUCUGUUCCAAUAUUCACAAAUGACAUGCUAUAAUGUGCCUCUAGAUGGCUGGAAGUUGGGUGUAACGUUUUCACACGACGCAUAACGAAAACCAAUACGAAGAAAGACCUUUCUAGACCGAAAAUAGAGGGACCUGCUAAGCCCAGUUAACAAAAGUACUCUGUACAGGAGGGCAUCGCCAAAAACAACCAAGUUCCUAACCCGUAAAAUCAAAGCCAUCUGCCGAAAAGUGUCAUACGCCGGGCGUCAUGGGUAUUGAAGCCAUUUGUAGCAAAAUCCCACCCCUAGCAGAUUGCAAUAGUUGAUGACCAAUACAUCAACAAGCAAAGCCAUAGCAACUCCGUAAAAGCAUGUAAAUGAGCAGUAUUCUUCCCCCACGCACCGUUCUAGACCUUAGUCCUCUUAGUGUUCCCAAUACUUUGUCCGUCGUCCUCGAAACGUCUCUUUGUCUUUUCGGGUGUUUGUGUCGCAGGAGGUGAUUCCUGCUCUGCCGCCAAAUCAAAACCAGCACACAGGUCGAGCUGUGUCUCUCCC